UUUUGUUGCACCAUGGUGAAAUAGAGGUGUUAAGUCAACGCCAUAAAAUCGUUUGUCAAAAAAUUCGCGUGAAAUAUCAUCGAAAUUUCUUUGUUAAAGGGGUGCUAAAAGGGUAUUGAGCAUGUCCAAUAAGAAAAUUACCAAUAUAGUUCGUCUACGAGGCGGGACCAAUCAUGAUCCCGAUGGGCUGAGUCAGCGCCAUCAAGAUUUCGACACGGUAACGCCAAAAUCUCCUAUAUAUGAAUGCAAAGGCGUAAUGGAUCAGUUCGACAACAUUUUAUCCGAAUACAAAAAAGCUUUGGGACCUUGUGGACAUGCUACAUGCCCCUAUUCUCAAAAUCUCACGGAAAAAAUCUGCAAGAAAAUGUGUGAUGAUCGUUCUGAUUUGGUAAAUGAAGUCAGUUCACAGUCCUGUGAUGAAGUACCCUGUAAAAAUGAGGGCUGCAUUUAUGCUGAGGAUGCUGCUCAGAAAAGGAAACAACAUCCAGCCGCUUGUGGAAGUCCAAAUUGUGCAUACUCGAAAUAUAAAUUGGGGAUUCAAGAUGAUCAAGUUUUGUCAGAAAUGAAAUUUCUACCGCCUCGUAUUACUGAUACUUGUGGUCAUCCUAAAUGCACGUUUCCUGAAGAAGUUCCACUGCCACCAAUUCACUGGGACUGUCCAGAUCCACUUCCUAAAGGACCAUGUAGAAAUCUCAACUGCCCUUUUCAACCAAAACCUUUGAAGAAAUUCAAAACCAUAAAGCAACUGAAAACUGGACCUUGUGGAAGUCCAAUGUGUCCUUAUGCUUUUCCUCAACCUUGCAGCCAUCCUAAUUGUCCAUUUUCCGCUAAGGAAACACAAGACAAAAAUGGCAAGGAAAAUAAAUGCAAAAAUCCAGAUUGUCCUUUUGCUAAAGAAAAUGCUAAGAAAGAGUUAACUGAUUCAAACAUAAAAGGAGAAUUUCAGGAUUGUGCCAAUCCAGAUUGUCCUUAUAAGCAAACUAGUAAGCCAAAAUCUAAAAAGUAUUGCGGUAAUCCGCAAUGUCCAGACCCUGGAGAAACAAAACAAGAUUCAGAUAGCAUUUGUUCUAACCCUGUAUGUCCUUCCCGUGCAAAAGCUUCAAAGAAAAAACCCAAAAAGAAAAAUAAUGAAGAAAUUAUUUGUGCCAAUCCACUUUGCCCUGUAAGAAGCAUAGUGAGUAGUAGUAGUUCGUCAUCAUCAGACAGUGACAGCAUAUGUUCUGAUCCCAAAUGUCCUUAUGCAGGCUUGAAAAAAGUCAAACCAAUCAAGCUGUGUAAAAAAGCCAGUGAAACUAUUGAGUCUCCUGAAGAAGAAUGUGAUUGCCUGGCUUCACCGCCUUCACCUGAAAAAACUGACCCUUGUAGUGAUCCCAAUUGUCCAUAUUUACCACCUUUACCAUCGUGUGGUGUGCCUAAUUGCCCUUACGAACCAAUACCUCUAAGAAUCAGUUGCGGAGAUCCAAAAUGCCCUUCAAAAUCGGUAAAUUAUAGUAAAAAAAUUGACCACACAAAAUUUGAGCUAGAAGUCGUAAAAUCAACUUCAGAAACUCAUGAAGCACCAGUCAUACAAACGACCACCGUAUGUGAAGAAGAACAACCGUGCACUGACAAUGUAUGCGAAAAUCCGGAUUGUACUGACGCUGACAUGGCCAUGGAAGAAAUUAAAGACAAGAAAACUGGCAAAAGGAAGAAAAAAGGCAAAUUUGUAUAUUCGAUUGGAGACAACUACCCAGGGCUAAAGAGAGGCCACGAACAAUGCAUCACCCCAGUUUUUAACGUGCCACCACACAUGGGCUGGCUUUGGAACAUUUUCACUCCAAUUUUACGUCUCAGACCAAGACGCGGAUGGAGACCUGGUGCCCUAACUAAAACCAUAGCAGCUCGAAUUCGGUCUCACAGACAAAGCAAAGGCCUCGCCAACUUGAGACCGCCUGUGUUUAGAGGCGACGGCACGCAAUAUGAUGAGGGCGGCAGCCCAAAAGUUGUACCCAAACCCACGUUGCGAAUCCAAAAGAAAGAUGGAACAUAUUUUAUUACAAUGAAUCCACUCAAAGAUCCUUUCAGUCUGGUGGAAAAUGAGGACCCCUACAUGGAAUGCACCCCGAUGUCAUUCAGAAUAGCGAAAAAUAAACAAGACGAUGAUUAUUGUUAUUGCGAUGGCGACGAUGCUUCGGCAACUUCAUCGGAUAGUGACCUGGAUAUUGAAUUUACCCCGCCAGCAGGCGUGAUUCAUCCGGAAAGAUUCAAAAAGAUUCCGAAUGUUGUUUGUGCAGAAGUUCAAUAUGACCCCAAAGAUUGUGAAGUUGUUAAGACGGCGAGUAAAGAUGGCAAAGGAAAAAAAGGAAAAGGUGGCAAAGGAGGUAAAGGUGGAAAGGGGGGUAAAGGUGGGAAAGGAGGCAAAGGUGGAAAAGGAGGUGAUAAGGGCAAAGGCGGAAAGGGAGGCAAAGGUGGAAAAAAAGGGAAAUAAGUGAAGAAAUUUGCAUUUUUUUUGGAAUUUUUCGAUUAUAUUUUGUUCAUUUUCUUUCAACUCAUAAUAUAUGUUUUUAUAAUGGAGAAAUAUGUUUUAAUUAUUAUAAUAAUUUGUGAUGAGGAUAGAGGGAUACAUCGUUACGUCCUCGGUAAAGGUGCAUAUCGGUACGGAUCCAGCGAAAUUGAAACCGUUAUCUAACGUCAUAUUUGUUAAACGCAAAUGUCAAUGUUUCAAAUGAUCAGCACAUUCAUAUAUUUUCUAUCAUAGGCUCUUGAAUUUUCUUUAUGUCGACAAAUACGAGAGCCGGAAAUGGACAAAAAUUGAACUAGAAAAAUUGGGAAAUAGAGUAAUAGUAUAUUACAUACGUCAUACCGAGGUGGAAAGUGU